AUGGCCAGGAACGCUUUGCAAAAGGACCAAUUCGUCAAGCUCAUCGUCGGCGCUGGCCAGGCCAGCCCCAGUCCUCCUGUCGGUCCGGCGCUGGGUAGCAAGGGUGUCAAGAGCAUGGACUUUUGCAAGGAAUUCAAUGCCCGCACUGCCCACAUCAACGUCGGUGUCCCUAUUCCCGCGCGCGUCACCGUCCGCCCCGACCGCUCCUUUUUCUUCGACCUCCGCACGCCGACUACUACCUACCUCCUCCUGAAUGCUGCCAAUGUCGAGCCUCGCAAGAACCGUCUGCGCGGAGCCAUGAACCCCGGCCAUGAGAUCUGCGGCAAGAUCUCGCUCAAGCACGUCUACGAAAUUGCCAAGAUCAAGCACAGCGAGACGCGGCUAUCGGGAUUGAGUCUGCAGGGAUUGUGCAAGAGUGUUAUUGCGCAAGCCAAGUCGAUUGGUAUCCAGGUUGUUCCUUGA